CUUGGCCAGACCUAAAAAAAAAUAGUAUAACCUACCAACUACACUUUAAUCGCUAUAAGUGCAAUUGCAAAAAUAAAUGAAAAAUAUUACAAAAAAAAAAAACAGUUUAUAGACGUAAAUAAUAUUAUAUGGAAUCAUAAUAGAUACAUCUUACAAGUGAAUGAAUGAAUGAAUGCAAGAAGAAUACUUUUAAAUGUUUGUAAACAUUUGUUCAAAAAUUUAAAAUAAAUAUUAUCAUUUCAUUUUCAAUUCUGUGUAUAAUGAAAUUAAUAAACAAAUUAUUAAGUGGAAUUAUAUGAUUCACCUGUAAAAUGUCGUUCAGCUAGGUGUUUAAGUAAUUCCAGUAUUAAAAGAAAAGGGAGAAAGUGUUAAAUAAACCCUAAGAACUGGCACAUGUAUGCAAUAUUUGGGGAGAAAAACAACGACAACAACAGUAACAAAAUAACAACAUUUUUAAAACAUUGUAUUUAAAAAAACAACAGCAGACAAACAUAAAAAGGAUUUAACCCUUUAAAAAUAAACACUAUUUAAUUAUAUGUCUUUAAAAGGAUAUUUGAUACAAUAAGAUAAAUCUACAAAGGCGCUACCAUCUCAUCUCCACCACAAAGUCUCUAAAAAAUAUAUACAGUAAUGGAUGAGUUUCCCGUUGUAAGAAUAUCACCUGAUGAAAUACUGGAGGAAGAAGAGUUUGAACGUCUUUACUCUGCCCCUGUAGAAAUUAUAGUACUACUAUCAAUAUUCUAUGGCAGCAUAAGUAUACUGGCAAUAAUAGGCAACACCUUGGUCAUAUGGGUGGUGGCAACAACGCGACAAAUGCGUACCGUAACCAAUAUGUAUAUAGCAAAUUUGGCAUUUGCAGAUGUAAUUAUUGGUUUAUUUUGUAUACCAUUUCAGUUUCAAGCUGCCUUAUUACAGCGUUGGAAUCUGCCUUGGUUUAUGUGUGGUUUUUGUCCCUUUGUACAGGCAUUAAGUGUUAAUGUAUCUGUAUUUACCCUAACGGCAAUUGCGGUAGAUCGUCAUCGUGCCAUUAUAAAUCCCUUAAGAGCUCGUCCCACAAAAUUUGUUUCGAAAUUUAUUAUCGGUUGUAUUUGGUUGAUUGCAUUCACCUUUGCCAUACCCUGUGCAAUAGCGUUUCGUGUGGAAGAAGUUCAUGAACGUAUAAAAGAAAACGGAAUCGUCUCCAAUGUGACAAGACCAUUUUGUACGAAUGUUAAUUUGUCUGAGUAUCAACUACAGUCAUAUCGUUAUACUUUGGUAUUUGCACAAUAUUUGGUACCAUUUUGCGUCAUCAGUUUUGUCUAUAUACAAAUGACGAUUAGAUUAUGGGGCACCCGUGCUCCCGGUAAUGCACAAGACUCACGAGACAUUACACUACUAAAGAAUAAGAAAAAGGUUAUAAAAAUGUUGAUUAUUGUUGUUGUGGUGUUUGGUCUCUGCUGGCUGCCUUUACAAUUGUACAACAUUUUAUAUGUAACAAUACCGGAAAUAAACGAAUAUCAUUUCAUAAGUAUUAUCUGGUUUUGCUGCGAUUGGUUGGCCAUGAGCAAUAGUUGUUAUAACCCUUUCAUCUAUGGUAUUUAUAAUGAGAAAUUUAAACGUGAAUUUAACAAACGUUUUGCCGUUUGCUUCUGUCGAUUUCAAACCAGCAUUGAUGCUAACGAACGUACUCUCUCCAUGCACACGAGAGCUAGUUCACUACGAUCAACCUAUGGACAAACGCAAAUGCGUUUGAGAGGCAAUACAUUUAACGGCAGUACUCAUAGUCAUCAUCGUGCUUCUCUAAAGGCUGCAGCGGCAAAUAAGCAUGAAAGUCUUAAUUCUAAUCAUAUGGAUGGAACAACAAUUCUUCUCAAUAACUAUGGAAAUUCAAAUAAUAAUCACGAGAACUCAAACAACCACAAAAUGUCAUGGCAAAGAAAUAAUUUUAAACCUUUACAUCCUGAACUAAUCGAAUACGAUGGUGAUGAAGAUCAAAGUUUAAUAGAAGAGAAAAUUCAGCUACCAGUCAUUACAAAUUCUAAUGUAGAGUUCAGAACUGAGCAACCAAUAAAAGAUACAGUUUUCGGUGGUCGUGAGCUAACGGCAAAUGAUAGAACGAUAAAUUAAAAUAGAAUGAAAAUUAGCAGAGUUUAUUUUUAAUGCGUGAGAUCAUGCCAUGUCAAUGUUAAAGAUUCUCCGCCUCCUUAAAGCUGUGAUGUUAGAAAAUCAAACUGUACAAAUACAACAGAAUUUAAAUUUUUUGCCAUUUUUUUAAAGUCUAAUCAAUAUUUGAUGAUCUGCCAUUAAAACAACCAUCCUUCAACAACAUUAUUAUAUUAAAAAUACUCUCGGUUUCUGAACACAAAUGACCUACAUAACUAGUUCUAAAAAUGUUUUUUUUAAGAUUUAAGAAAUAGUAUUGGCUGAUGAAUUUUCUAAAACAUUUUUUAAAAAUUGAAUUGAAUGUUUGAAUUCAUACACCGAAAAAAGUAAAGAGUUAGUAUUGUGCAAUAAAAAUAUCAAGUACAGUUAAAUUGUUGAUUUAAUUAUUUCAUAAAUUAGUUUAAGUGUCAGUUUGAAAUGUAUUUAGACCCAAUGAUCAGUAUUAAUAUUAAAUAAAAAUAAAUCUAUUUAGUAUUUAUUAAAUAUAAGAUAUUUUUUUAAGUGUUUUCUUUUUUAAUGUAUUAAUUUGAACAUUAAACAGAUGUAAAUAUGUAUGUAUAAUGUAAUUUUGUUGUAAUGUAUUUAAAGUGUAGAUAAAGUUUUGUUUUAAGAAUCUCUAAAUAAAAAAUAUUUAUA